UUCGAUCACCCAAGACGCAGUGGAGUAUGCAGAAGGUUGGCGCGGUAGUGUUCUCAUCCAUCGUGGUGGGAACUGCGGGGAUGGGCGUGUGGCAGACGAACCGGUACUUUUGGAAACUCGACGUGAUCGAACAGCGUAAGAAGCAACUGGACGCACCAGUGAUUGCGCUUCCAGACACCAUCACGGCAGCAACAGCCUCCGAAGGCUUUGAGUUCCGACCGUUGAAGAUUGAAGGAAGCUUCGUGCCAGGCUCUGCCUUCUAUCUAUAUCCACGAUCGCCUCCCAUUGACAUGCAAGACACAAAAGGCGGCCGCGUGUCGUCGGGCGGGUACAUUUACCAGCUCUUCCAGCGACUCAAUGGAACUUCAGUGAUUGUGAACCGUGGCUGGCUGCCGAAGCCCGAGAUGGAGGCACACAUGAACGCAGCAGCUGCUUUCACAGCCGCACCCAAGCUAGAGACGAUCAUGGGGCUCAUGGUGCAGGGCGAAGAGGAGAAAACGUUCUCCCCACCGAAUGAACCCGAGAAGCGACACUUCUUCUGGCUCGACCAGCCGCAACUUGCCCGCGCCAUGGGAUCCACCGACUACGUCCCUAUCUUGAUUGACGAAUUGGCCGCCGAUGAAGACGCCCCUCGACCAGCGGGCGAGCCGAUUCGCAAAAGCAAGUACAACUACCUUGAGUUUUACAUGACGCCGUGGAAGCACGCGACGUACGCUGGAAUUUGGUUCACUUUGGCGAUUCUCGGGACAGGCAUGGUAUUCACUCGCUUCCGCCCUGCCGCGCGCCGUGUCAAGCAAUAUCCGUUGCAGAGAUAGAGUGCGUAUGCAAGUACUUGGAGUGUGUACGACGUUUGGUUAUACGAGGUGUUAUUGGAAGCAUCCUUCAUCAGUGUACCGUCGACAAGCAUUUCCACGCGCAUGGUACCUGUGCAGCAAAACCCAGGCAACUCUGUA